AGGGACAUUAGGACUGUAUUUCGGUAUAAGAGCGAUGAUGGAGUUGUGGAUCCCUUCUUUUUGCAUUAAUAUUUUCUAAUUUUACAAAUUCCAUGUAAGCAUUUGCGUGUCUCCUGCUCAGUCAUCAUUCUGUCUACUCUUGAAUUGCUGAUGGUGUUGAUUGUAUUCCAGGAAGAUAUUGAUGCCACAACAGAAAAUUUGGAAGGGUUGCUGCGAUCAUUAGUUUGAUUGCCUUGGACUGAAUAAUACUUCCUGUUUAUAUAUAUCCAUGGAUAUCAUUCAAAAGUUUUAAUUGGUCUUUGCAUUUUCUCAAAAAAAAAAAAAAAAGUUUUAAUUGGUUAUUUGCUAGUUUCAAGUAAAUAUUUUAUGUUUUUUUAUUACAAAUUUUGAAACUUUUGUAGUGAGGAUGGAAUGUUAGGCAAGAGAGGAUUAGUUUGAUUUGUAUCAUAAAAAUUGUAGUUCAGUGUUUUCUCCUCAACUUUUGAGAACCCUUUCCUUACUAUUGUUUCAUGAAAAUCUUAGUUUUGAGAUUGGGUUCAAGUAGGACUGGGAGGAUGAUGCCAUUUCCCCAUUUCACUUCAUGAUCUACUCGAUCUUCCUCAAAAGAGUAAUACUCUUUGCGUACUUUUCCUCCUUUCAUUUGCUUGAAUCUCUGUCUCGGCGUUGUGUGACCAUUAGGACAAUAGUUCUCUGUGGUUCAGACAAUCUGGCUGGCCUUCUUACACGACCAUGCUACUUUGUGUUACAUUCUUUGGUUUAAUUUAAGAAAAAUUGCUCCCCUCUUUGGAUUUAUCAUGACGUACAACAUUGAUUAUAAGAUGAUGGUUUUCUAUUUUCUUUUUUCCAGCUUGAAACCAAUGCUGAUAAUAUCAAAUUUCUAUUUGAUAAGGCCUGGCCAGGGUCAUUUGAUGAAGAGGUUAUUGAGGUUGUUAUCUAUGCUGAUUAUAUACGAAGGCAGCAGGGCCAUAAUUUCAUUGAGGCGUGUCAUAUUCUUCUGGCACUUGACCGCACAAGGAUGGUUGAUGCUGUUAGGGGAGCAAUUAGGGAUGCAGGGUUGAAUUUUUUAUAUGAAUACAGAGCAGAAUACCCUAUCUAUGAUUUCUAUAUCAAAGCUAAAGAUAUUGCGUCUUACAUAGGUGAUGGGAUGGUUGGAGUCAAGCAUUUGGUUCUUGCCAUUUUGUGGGAAGGAGGCAAACUUAUUGCUGGAAAGGGAAAGGAAAUACUUAAGGAUUUUGAUCCUUUUAGCUGGUCUGACUUCCCUGAGAAGGUCUAUGUUAAAAAUUUCCUAGAAGAAACAAAAAAGAUGCUGUGCAGAAAUUUUGUCUACUGAUUUGGAGACGGAUAUUGCAGUGAUCAGGAUGAUGAAGGAACUUUUUCACUCGAUCGUCAAAUGUUUCAUGAUAUUAGUAACCACAGGUUCAAUAUGUUAAAAUAUCGGGAGCAGCCGUUUGUCCUUUAAUAGAAUUAUUUGAUCUGCUUUCCUAAGGGUUUUUUAGUGGGUGCAAUUUGAUUGUGAUCCUCGUGUUGCAACAAAGUGGUAUCCAUAUGUAAUUAGAAGUCUUAAAAGGAGACGUGAUUUUUAUGUCUGGAAAAAUGUUGCAACUUUGUAGGAUUGGAUUUGUAAUUGAAAAUCCUUCUUGUUAAGUAUGGAAAUAUGUUGGGUAUAUUAUGUGUUGUGGAU